CCGCCGCGGUCAACAAUCCCCGAAAAAUCCUGUGAAACCCCUCAGAAAGCCCUGGAAAAUCUCUGACGAUAGUCAAUGAACUUUGGCCACGUAAUCCUGCGUUCAACUGCUCCCGUGGGUCGUGUGCGCCCCCCCCCCCUCCCUCAUCACAAGUAUGACCAGAGAUCGACGCAAAAGGCAUUAGUGUGUUGUUCGGUUCACGUCAGUAAUAAUACGACGAGUCUCGUGCCUCGAUAGCAAUUUCCUCGGACACCUGUUUUUUUUCCUCGAAUAGAGUUGACGAACAACGGCUGCUGGAGACUUUGGGACCUGGAUAUCGCCGACGCACCAGGGAAAUUGUCUGGGAGGAUGGGGACUGUGGAGGAGCAGCCGGGACCUUCCAAGCCCAGUGAUCUUGGUGGGAAGGAGAAGGAGAAGGACGACAGGAUGUUCGAGUGUAAUAUUUGUCUAGACACUGCCAAGGAUGCGGUAGUCAGCAUGUGCGGACACUUGUUUUGUUGGCCAUGUCUUCAUCAAUGGUUAGAAACAAGACCAGCGAGACAAGUGUGUCCAGUUUGCAAAGCAGCAAUUAGCAAAGAAAAGGUUAUUCCACUGUAUGGGAGGGGUGCAGCCAAGCAGGAAGAUCCAAGAAAUAAUGUUCCACCUCGUCCAGUGGGCCAGAGGACAGAGCCAGAGGGUGGUACCACGUUCUCAGGACUGGGAUUUGCGGAUGGAGGAUUCCACAUGUCCUUUGGCAUUGGGGGGUAUCCCUUCGCCUUCUUCACGUCGACGUUCAAUUUUGGAGAGACUCGACCAAGUGCUGUACCCAGAGGCACUCCCCAGUUCGAAGACGACGUCUUCAUCUCAAAGAUAUUCCUCUGGCUGGCGAUAAUCUUCAUCGGGUGGCUCCUGAUGGCGUAACCAAAUCUUCCUCCCCAAUUAUUCGGUUUAAAUCCACUAUAAUACACUCUGCAUCAACUGUAUAAUCAAUACCCAACUAUUUCAUAAACAAAGGUGUACCCAAUGAUCUAUCGACUUGUGAAUUUGAAAGAGACGACAACCGAGUUGAGCUGUAUAUAUCCGAGGUAUUCGAGGUCUAGGGAGAUCAGUUAAAAGGUAGAACAACCCAUCUCCCAACCCUAGCUUUAAGAAUAAUUAAUUAUAAGAGAUUUCAAUUUUAUUCGUUGGAAGAAAUUCAAUGAAAUUGUACGUGGGUUUGUGUACAUACUAUAAGUAAUUGUUGACAUCAUUUAAAUUUUCAUUUUAUUUAUCAUCCAGGGAAUAUAAUAAAGACACUUGAGCAAUGAUAAAUACUGAAAUUGUGGAUUCAAUAAAGAAAUGAAAUUGAAUAA